AUGGCGCUGAGCUCCUCCACCCGUGAAUCGAUCAUGGCUGCACCGUCCAUGAGCUCGAGACAGGAAAAGCCGCAAGUCUGGAGCGUUUCCGUCUUUGUCACGGUAGUCACCAUUGCACUGAGCGGCGCCACCUAUGGCCUUGAAAACUCGCUCAUGAGCCCGCUUGCGGCCAUGCCAGAGUUUGUCAAGAAGUAUCAAGGCAUCAACCACGACACUCGCGACUACACGUUCACCGCUAGCCAUCAGUCCAUGAUCUUUUCCAUCCCGCUCAUCGGCACCAUCGCUGGCGCUCUCCUCUCUCCCUUUCUGCAGGACAGGUUGGGCCGCAAGUGGUCGCUGUGCGCCGCCUACAUGUUCAGCAUCCCGUCGACACAGCUGCAGCUAUGGUCACCCAAUCUUGCUGCUUUCAUUCUGGGACGUGUGAUGAACGGACUCGCCUACGGAUGUGCGCUCUCCAUCGGACCGCUCUAUUUGGCCGACGUCGUGCCCACCAGCAUUCGUGGCGGUGCUGUUGCCAGCUCCAACUUGCUCACCAUCCUUGCCAAUCUCAUGGCAGCCAUCUGCUGCUGGGCGUCGGACAAGAACUACACGGACGCACGCAAGUACAAGGUCCCCCUCGCCGUGCAGGCCGGUCUGCCGUUCCUGCUUCUGCUACCCACUCCUUUCCUGCCCGAGUCGCCUGUGUGGUGCGUGCAAAAGGGUCGCAUCGGCGAGGCACGCAUGGCGCUCAAGCGAGUGCGUCCAGUAUCCGACAUCGAGAUCGAGGAGGAAUUGCAGGAGAUCGUACGUGCCGAGCAAGAACGCAGGAACCUGGCCAAAGACACCAAGUUCACCGAUAUCCUGAGUCGCAAGCAUCUUCUUCGUACCGUGGUCGCGGGCUCCUUCUUCUCGCUCAAUCAGAUCAGUGGCAUCAUCUUGAGCACGACGUACGCCACCGUCUUUCUCACGCAGCUCGGACUCGGAGAUCCAUUCGUGCUCACCGUGUACGCAUACGUCUGCCAGGUGGUGGGUGCGGCCCUGGCCAUUGUGGCACUCGAAAAGGUAGGACGUCGCUCGCUGGCCCUUCCCGGCUUUGUUGUUCUAACCAUCAUCGAUUUUGCGGCGGGCGUGCUGGCCUUCUACUCGGGUGAUCCCAACGUAGCUAAAGCCAUCUCGGCGCUGGCCAUGGUGUUCAAUUUUGUGUGGACGCUUUGCUUCUAUUCCAUCUCGUUGCUGAUGCCUUCGGAACUUCCGACGCAACGGCUGCGCAACUACACCAUGUCGUACGCCAUCGGAUGGGGACAAGCGACGGCGGUGGUGACAACGCUCGCGCUCCCACAGAUCACGGCCAGCGACGCAGGCAACCUGGCGGCCAAGGCGUACUUGAUCUUUGGAGGAUGCAUGCUGGUCAUCACCAUCCUCGCCUUCUUCCUCUUGCCCGAGACACGCGGUAGGACGUUUUUCGAGAUCGACCAGCUCUAUACCCACCGCAUCCCCGCUUGGCGUUGGUCCAAGUACGAGCUUGGACGCUCUUCGGAUUCGUUUCCCACGGAUCGCGGAUCUCAGCUGCAAAACGACUCGCACGCCGUAGGACUGAUCAGCAUCGACAAGAAGAACGCCUCCGCCGCCCUUGGCACCUCUGCUUCGAUGCAGUCCAGCUCGGACUGA